CAUUUGCCAUGAUAGAUAACUUUUCUAUGAGAGAAUUACUUCCAUUUACUAUACCCAUUUGGUCUCCAUCUGCAUCUAUAUUAGCUCCAGCAGCAAGCUGAUCAACUUUAAAAUCUACUGAAAAUCGUGCGUUAUACCAAUCAAAAGGAGUAGCCUCACCUGUAUUAUCAGCAACAAAUCUAUGACCUGUUUUAGUUUGGUGAGCACCAUUUGCUGGGUUUGUAUCUAAAGAUUGUCCAAGAUCAAAAACAACAUCUUCAUAUCUUUCUAAAUAUUCUGGAUUUCUAAAUGACUUCAUUUUAUUUUAAUAAUUAUAUAAUUUUUCCCCCACUAAGAAUAGCAUUGUUGAGACAUUUUUUUGGAGUUGUUUUAACUUUUUUAGCAUUGGGUUUUUUGGGGGAAGCCCCAUUUGAUAACAUUUUAACUAUCUUAUCACCAGCCUUUUUACCAACAUGUUCACCAGUUUUUGUUGCAGCUGUAGUCACUGCUUUUUCAACACCUUUUUUUAGCAGCUUUUUUCAUUGUUUUUCCAAAUAAUUUUGAACCAACAGAUUUAAACACAUCUGUUAUUCCUUCUCCAUAAAUAUGUUGUCUUGUAUAUCGCCCCAUUUCAGGGUCAAAUCUCUUUUUAAACUCUGAUUGUCGCCUCAUUUUUUAUUUUAAUAGUUAUAUUACAUCGAGUGAAGUAUUAAAGUCAUAAACCAAUCAAUACCAUUAAAAUUUACUGGUCUUCCAAGUGAGUCUGUCACAUAGAUUUUCAUUUCAUCAAUGUGAAAUGAUGAUACAGGACAAAACAAUGGUCUUUUAGGUUCAAACGUAAAUGGAAAAGACCUUGUAAGAUUAUCAGUUGGUAUCACAGCAAUGGUAUUUGUGUUUAUUCCAUUUACAAUACUAUCAGUUAUUGCGGUUGUGUUGAUAUUUAACACAUCAAUCGAAUUUGUUAUAUUUGGUAGUUUUGUUCCUUACUUUGUUUUUGUAAUAAGUUUCUUUUCAAAUCCAAUCAGGUCUCCAAAUUCUGUUCCUCUCAUAUCAAGUUGAUAAUCACCAUCAAGUGAUACUAACACUCGAUAGGUAGAUAGUAUAAAAGUUAGAUUGAUUGAAUAAGUUUUCUUUCCACCCGAAUCUGUUGUGUGAUGAGACUUUUGAGACAUAUAUUGAUGAAUAUAAUCAUUAAUAUCUGAGUAGGAAUACAUUCCAUCUGUAAAAGUAAUUGUUUGCCAGGUUGAUCCAUCGUGAGUAUAUUUGAUUUUAUUGUUUUUAUAAUCACUUCUAAUGUUGUACCAAGAGUAAGUCAUGGACAGCCGAUCAAGAGCAAGUUGAUGUUUCAUUUCAGGGUCAAGUUUAAGAGAUGGAUUAAACUUAAUAGUAAAAUCACCAGGUCUGCUUGUUCCUCUUUUUUCCCUAUUUAUUGAGGAAAUGUGAAUAGCUCGUUCUUCCAUUUUUAUUUAAUGAAUAUAUAUUUUUAUGCGGUGUAGCGAGGGAGGGGGUCAUAGGGGGAACCGUAGGUUCCCCUAUAAUAUAUAAUUUUUUAGUAAAUUAUUUAGUUGUUUUUUUGAGAUUACUUUUAUUUGGUUGAGAAGAUGUGCUAUUUGAGAAAACUCAGGUAUUACACCAUUAUUACCAGCAAGAAUUGAACCAUCGAGUAAUUCAAGUCUGUCAAGGAGUUGAUGUGGGUUGUUAAAGUAAAUCAUUCCUUCUCCCAUUUGAUACUCAAGCGAACCUAAAUAAAUUUUAAGAAUGUUUUUGUAUUUAUGUAGUAAAUCUUUUUGCAUUUUAAUCCUUUCUAUUUCUUCUUCGUCUUCUUCUGUUUUAUGUUUUUUUCUCUUCAAUCCAGCUAUUUGUCCUGUAAAAACUUUUACAUCAUUUUUUACUUCAUUAAGUAUUUCUCCAAGUCUUUCAGGGUUAGUAUCCAAAAAAUCAUUUGGUCUUGGAUAUUCCAUAAUUCUUAAUAUUUCUAAGUCAACAUUAUCAAGAUUUUUUUCAAUGUUAACGUGUAGGUGAUCUUGGUUUAGAUGUUGUAGGUUCAUCAUAAUCACCUACCAAAGCUGGCAAUUCUCUCAUUUCAGCCAAUCUUAAAUUAGUUUCAUUAAUUUUUUCCAAUCCUGAUGUUAAUGCAAGUUGAUUAGCUUUAAGUUGUGCUAUAGUUGCGUUUUGCUGCUCAUCAAUACUUUUUUUAAUACUAUCUUGAGAUUUAAUAAGUGGUUUAAAUGUCUCUUUAAAACCUUCCCGCAUAUCUUGUUUUUGCCAUUUUGUUAUUUUUAUUACAUCUCUCACCUGUUGAGUCAAAGUGUCAGUUUCAAUUUUAUUUCUUGCAAAUUUUUUAGCUUCUUCAAUAUCCAUUUUAUCUAUUAAUUAAAUAAAAUGGAAAUACCAAAUUAUGAUAGUGUUGAUUACUCAAAUAAAAAAUACAAACAAUUAUAUCCCUUCAUGCCAUCAGACACAUUUUGGAUGUUAAUUUGUGGAAACAGUGGAUGUGGUAAAACUAAUCUUUUGUAUCAUAUGUUAAUUAAACCACUGUUAUACUAUGAUGAGAUUUAUCUUUACGCACGUAAUCUACAUCAGGAUAAGUAUCAAAACUUAAUUCAAAAAAUGAAUGAGUUGAGUAGUAAAACAGGAUAUGAAAUACUUCAUGUGAGUAAUGGUGAAAUAAUUCCAGUAACAGAAUUGGAAUACGAAGACAAUCAAAAACUUGUGAUAUUUGAUGACUACGUUUGUGAUUAAAACCAAACAAAUUUAAUAGAUUAUUUUAUGCAAGGACGUCAUAAAAAUUGUUCGGUGAUUUAUCUAAGUCAAUCGUUUUUUAAAACACCAUUAGAAAUUCGAAAGGGAUGUACUCACUACUGUUUGUAUGAGCCUAUAUCAUCGGGGGAUGCUACCAGAAUAUCAUCUGAUUUGGGAAUUAACAAAAAAGACUUAAAAUCCGCAACAAGAAAACCAUAUUCAUUUCUAUAUGUUGAUAAACCCAGAAAACAUAUUGCAAAAAACUUUACUGGUAAUAUAAUCCAAUAAAUAAAAUGGGUAUAUUUAAUGAACAUUCAAAUAAUACAUUUGCUAAAGGAAUUCAGGGUGCUCCAGGAGUUGGUUUUAGUCUAACCGCAGAUGGAAAUUAUGAUAUAAAUGGUAAAAGACUCACAAAUAUUGGUGCACCUAAUUCUAAUACUGAUGCUGCUACAAAAAAAUAUGUUGAUGACAAUUCCAGUGGUACACCCACAACAUCACGAUUGACAGUUGAUUCAAACAUUGAUAUGAAAGAUAGUUACCGAAUUACAAAUCUUAAAACACCACAAGACCUUAAAGAACCAGCAACAAAAUAUUACGUGGACAACACAUUUCUAGAAAGAGAUGGUUCCUACCCAAUGAAAGGUAAUCUCAAUAUGGAUAAUAAUCGAAUAUUUAAUCUACCAGCUCCAAAUGGUAGUAAUCAACCAACACCGUUAGCUUUCACAGAUUUUAAAUAUCUUCAUGUUGCUGGAACAAAUAAAAUGACUAAUAAUCUAAACAUGGAUAAUAAAAAAAUAAUUAACCUUAGACCACCAAGAAAUGAUUCAGAUGCAACAACCAAAAAGUAUGUGGAUGACUCAAUACCUGAUACUAGUUCUUUUAUAAAAAAAGAUGGAAGUGUAUCAAUGACUGGAGACUUCAACACUGCCGGUCACAAAAUACUAAAUCUUCAAACACCUACAUCAAACAGUGAACCAGCAACCAAAAAAAUAUGUGGAUGAUAACACAGGUGCCCCAGAUUUAAGUGAUUACUUGGAAAAAGAUGGUACCGUUGCUAUGACUGGAAACUUAAAUCUUAACAACAAUAAAAUAAUAAAUCUUAGUAAGCCAACCCAAGACAAUGAAGCGGUAACUAAAGAUUAUGUAGACAAACUAGUUCAUCACACUGCAGUUCAACCAAGCCAUUUCAACAACCAGUUUGCUUAUCUUAUGUCUAGUGGGGCACAAUGGAGUGAUGAAACAGAUGGUGGAAAUAGUUUUUUUGUGAGAAGAAUAGGAGACUUAUCUCCUUCUAAAGGUAAUUUUCAUGACUAUAACCACAAAGUAAUUUUUUUAACAAUAAACAAAAGUUCUCAAGGUGGAUAUAAGUACAAAAUGGGAAUCAACUUUUACAGAUUAACUGCAAAUGCUGAUUACACGUUAUGUUUGGAAAUACUCAACACUGAUUAUCAACUGUGGCAUAAGUCUCAAAUAAGUGUAGACAAAGGAACUUCAAGAGGAUUAUCAAUUGAAAAUGUUAGUGUAAAGAAACUCUACCAUAGUUACAGCGAUCCAAAGGGACAAGCACAAUUUAUGUAUUAUCACAGAAUAAUAGUUAAUUUUAAGAAGUUGUCAUCCGGUAAUAAGUUCUUUCUUCAUAUUCUGGUUAAUUUACCACAAGAUGGAACUGACCUAGCUGUGUAUCCGAGACAGUUUUUAGGAGUUUAUAUAAUUACUUAUGGAAUUGUGGGAAAAAUUAGCAAUAUCGAUCCAGAUAAAGUUUACGACUAUCACACCGCAUUUGAUAUCAAACCAACAGAAGUGGUGUACAACGUUGAUAUAAAUGCAAAUAAUAAAAAAAUAUUAAACAUUAAUCUUGAUAGAAACAGUAACAAUAGUGCAGCAACAGUUGGAAUGGUAAAUGAAAUAAAUCCUUUUACAAAAAAUUAUAUUUAUAAAAAAUAUUUUGAAGAUUUUUUUGAUUUUAAUGAUUCAAACAUUUAUGUUUUAAAUCAAACUUCAUCCGGGGUUGUAUUAAAUUCCUUAUCUUCUAUUACAGGAGAUACAGCAAGAAAUAUUACCUUUCCAACUAAAACAAUUGAUAACAUAAAAAAUGGUGGAUUAAAUGUUAAUGGUUAUACUAUUUCUUAUACAUCAGCUAAUAAACUUACAAGCUAUACUUUAUGUAUUGUUUUUACUCUUUGGAGAAAUAGAAAUUUUAGUAUAACUAAAAAGGAUGCAAAUAGCAAUCAAACUUUAUUAUAUUUAUACUAUCUUAAUUCAAAUAAUAAUUUAUAUUUACAUAUUGGUAAUACAAGAAAAAAUAUAACAAUUCCAAGUAGUUUUAAUGGAAAAAAGGUUGUUUUAUGGUUAACAGAAAGUAUUAAUAAUCAUGUUACAAAAGUUAAAAUAAGUAACUACUCCUCAGAAAUAGUUGCUAAUGUUGUUUCUCAUUCAAGUAACCAAAAAUUCGAAUUUUUAAAUCAAGAUGGAGUAAUUGAAAAAUUUAUGUACUCCCCAAACUUUUAUGAUACAGAUUCUAUAGGAUAUCACAAUGUAAUACUUCAAGAAAAGUUAAAUGGAAAUUAUAUAUUAUAGAUAUAAAUGAAGGAUAUCUUUGAAUUUAAUCACAUAGACAAAUCUCUGUCAGAAUCUGAUAUUAAAACCCUCAAAGACUUUUACAGUCAUUACCAUAAGAAAUACUGGUGUUUUAAGCGGUCUUAUAAGAGUUAUAAAUUUCUUGAUAAUUUUUUUACAAUCUCUGGUAUAUGCUUGGUUGCAAUAGGAACUAUUUCUGGUGGAAUAACCCUAAACCCUGUUGUUCUUGGAGUUGUAAAUGGCGCUGGAGUUAUUGUAGCUGGAGUAGGAAAGAAAAAUAAUUAUAAAAGAAAAAUUGAGAUGACAAGGAUUGCAUUUACUACUUACGAGAAAGUACUUGUUGAACUCCGUGCAGCUCUUCGGGGAGAUGAGUGGAACAAAGAAGAGUUUGUUAAUCGCAUGAAGUUGAUAGAUGAAAUAUUAAUUGAUCAAACUCCAAUAGCGGAUAGAUUUGUUAGUAGGUAUAAUAAAAGGUUUAAAGAUUAAAUUAAUAACAAUAAAAUGGAUCAAUUUGAAAAGUUUGAAAAUCAAUUACUUAAUUCUUACGAAAAAAAUUUAUCUGAAGAAAGUAGAAAAAUUUGUGAAGAACUUGAAAAUUUAUUUAAAGAAGAUGAAAAUUUUAAUGAUAUUAAAAUGAAAAAUUAUUCUAGUAAUAUUUUACUUAAAGGAAAAGAUUUGUUUGAUAUUAUUAAAGCUCAAUCUCAUUUAAUUUAUUGUUUAAAAAAAGAUUUUAUUAACAAGGAUUUAUUAAAUAUAUGUAAACAACUUAAAUAUGAUAUUAGUAAUUUUAGAUAUAUCAAAUAUGAAUUAAAUAGUAUUUCAGAAACAAGAAAAAGUCAGAAAAAUUUUUUAGAAAAUUAACUACUAAGUAAUAUAAUUUGUUUCUAAAAUUUUGAUAUUAGUACUAGUAUCAAAAUUAGAUGUUUUUCUCAAUCCGAUGAAAUACUCCAUAAUGAUUAUUUAGAGUUUUUUUAUUACGAAAUGCUUUUGUGCAAUAUUCACAAGGAAUACGCACACCAGCCAUAUAUUUAUGUAAAAGUUUGCUUAUCUUGUCAUAAUCAUUACUAAGUAUAAAUGCAUAAUUAUUUUUACAAUAUUUCUCUUUCAUUUUUAGUUGUGAUUCUGAUACAGUGUAAUUGUUAGUUGGUGAUUUGAAUUCAAUACAGAGUCCUUUAAAAUCUUUAUGAUAAUUUAGUACCAUUAAAUCUGGUUGACCUCGUUGAUAUCCUUUCUUAUAAGAAUCUAGUCUUUUAUCCUCUGUAUCUUGAUUUUCUCCCAAUCCAGCAACUAAUAUAGAAUCAGGAUAAUAAUUUCUAAUUAGUUGAACAACUUUGUAAUGAAGAUCAUUUUCAUUUUCUAUUUUAAACAUUUUGUUACAAGGAUUGUCAAACAUUUUAAAAUAUCCAUAUUUUCUUAUUGAUGGAAGAACUUCUAUGGUAAUCCAACGUUUAAACUUUUUAGCGGUUUCUAAUUUAGAGGAUAAAACAAGGGAGUAGAAACCGGAUUCAUUUAUAUAAGUACUCCAUCUGACCUGACCCGUCGUUUCGACGGGGCAGCUUUUUUGGUCUUCAUGAUCAACAUGUUUUCUAAUUGCUUGAUUAGUGUCUUUAUAACCAAGUAAUUGAGCAACAUCUUUUCCUCUAAACCAAAUAUUUUGCUGUUUGUCAAUAUAUGAAGUUAUCUCAAUUCCUAAUUCUUCAUUUUUAAAAUUUUUUUCCAACAUGUUCGGCAUUUAUAUUAUAAUUUUUAUCUUUAAAUAAUAAAUUAAUUUUUUUUAUUUAAUAACAUAAAGUAUGUUAUUAAAUGAUGAAUAAUUUUAACUUUUCUAUAUCAUUAAGUAUAUGACUGUAAUAUUUAACUUCUACUGGACCAUUUUUUAUUGUUUGACAAUACUCAACAUACUUCUUUAAUUUUACUAGUUUGUUAUCCAAAUUAUAUUGUAUUUCUUCUAACUCUUCUUCAAAGUUAUAUUUUUUGAAGUAGUUUCUUAGUUUAAUCAAAACAUCUAUGUUGUCUACUUUUGUGUAAUCAACUAUUAUAUUUUUCUUUUCCUCUUUUCCUUUUAAGAAUAAAAUCAUAUUAUUUACUUUACAAUACAAAGGGUGUGUCUCAUAUCCUACCUUGAGGUCUUCACAAAUAUUUUCUAACUCCUUUUCCAUAUUUUAAUUUACCUAAAACUUUUAACUCAAUUUAUUUAAGGAUAUAACUUUUCCUUUUUUAAAAGUCUUUCAAGACCUUCAACAUCUUCUCCCCAAAAGAAAUCAUCUCUUUGUUUUUCCUGUUCCUCAUUCAUUGUAAGACCAUAGCCUUCAGCAAAAUAAGCAUCUUCAUCUAAUUCUUUUUUAUUUAAACAAAACUGUUCUGGAGCUCUAGUUUUUUCAAGUGCCUCAACCAAUUCUUUUACCUUUCUUCCUAUUACAGAAUCUUCAACUUCAACAUAUAUCUUCAUAGGAAUGUAUUCAUCAGUAUCUAGUUGAAUAUAUUUUCUUAGCUCAUGAAAACGACAACCGUUUUCGUGUUCUUUCAUCUCCUGGAUCGUUCUUAAUAGUUUACUUUUUUCAUUUGUUUCAUUAAAUUUUUCUAAAAAAUCAAUAACAUCAUUUUUAUUAUCAAAUUUUACUUUAGUAACUUUAACUUCUUUAGAUUCUAACAUUUCAUUAAAUUCUUCUUGUGUUUUUGGUUCCUCAGGUUUCUCAGGUUCUUGCGAGUAAUCUAGUUCUUUAGCAAUAUUAGCUAAGAAUUCUCUUUCUUCUAGUGUUGUAUUGUUUAAGUCUAUAAAACCAAGUACAUCCCCCAAAGAUCUUUCCAUUUCAACCAAGUAAUCUAAAACAGAUGGAUGAAGUUUGUAUAACACUUCAAAGAUAUUUUCUAAAUUUAACAAUGAGUGAGGAUUAAUUUGUAUACGCAUUUUAUUUAAUAAUUAUAUUAAAAGUUAUUUUUUAUUUAAAGAUAUUAUAACCAAUAAUAAAAUGAUAAACACAAUUGUGCGUUAUGUUGACUUUUAUUAUCCUUUUUACAAACAUCUUCCCUAUCCUGAAAAUCUUAUAAAAACAUCACUAAUUUACAGAUACUUAUACGAAGUUUAUUUUAAAGAAAAUAUAGAAUUAGAAAGAAUAUUUUAUAAAAUAGAAGAUAGAUCUAUUAAAUCUAAUAAUCCUGUUUUGAAUAAUCAUCUUAUGUUUUAUAGAGCUUUUAAAUCUUUUCAUAAACAUUACAAACUUGGAAGAGGAUGUGUAUACGCAUUUGAUUCUCCAAUAAAUAGUGAAGUACUCGGUUAUCUAACUGGUAUAUGUUAUUGGAUUUUUCAUAAAAGAAUAAAAUAAUUACAUUUACAAUUUUAUAUUAAAAAUUUAAUAUAAUCCUUAUAAUAAAAUGGCAGCUGUUGUUAUUAGAAAAAAGAUGUUAUGCGUCUUGGUAAAGAAUUACUAAAAGAAAUGUAUUACUUUUUACAUGAUGAGUAUAUGCUCGAUAUUUUUAAAGAAUUAAAAUGUUUGCAAGAAUUAUUCCUAAAAAAUCUUGCUUCAAAUCAUAUUAAAAUACUAAAUAAAGAAAAAUUAGAAAUACAUAUUAUGAAAGAUAAUGGUGAUGAUAUUAGAGGAAUUUACAAUACUUUAGUUUCUCUAAAUUUUAAUAUGGAAACAAAUGAAGAUUUAUAUUUUAAAACAAAAGCAUUUUUAGAUAUUUUUAGAGUAUUUGUAACUGGUUAUGUAUACUUAGAAGAUUAAUUUUAUAUUAAAUUUUAAUAUAAAAUUAUUUUUUUAGUUCUUUAUAACUAUUCCACCACUUUUCAUAAAUCUCUAAAGUUUUAGGACUAAUCUUAAGAUAAAUUAGUUUAUACUUUUCACAUCCCAUCUCCUCCAAAAGUUUUUUGGUUAAAUAAGAAAUACUUAUCAUUCUCUUUCUAAAGUAUUUUUUAUUUAGUAUUUCCAUGACGUAAUUAUCUAUUUUCAUUAGUUUAUCAUAAAGUUCACAUUUUUGUUCAUCAGUUAGGUUUAUUCUUUUAGAAAUUUGAUUAACCUUUUUCUCAUAGUGAUACUUUCUAUGAUAAAUACUCUUUUUUCUAAAAUAUAAUCUAUCGUAAUCUUUAACAUCGUAAGAGCCUAAUACAUGCCCGUUUGCUACUCCACAAUAAUCACAGAUUUUGUAGCCAGAAUCAAUAGUAAAACUAUCACUUUGCCAAUUACAACAUUUAGAUUUUCUACUAACUUCCUCUUCAGGUUUACUAGUAUAAUUAUUCAAUAUUUCUAGAUAUUUCUUUAUUUCUUCUUCUGUAUAUGGCAUUUAUUUAUUUAUACUUUAUUACCUUAAAGCUAUCGUUUUUACCUUUCCCAAGAGUGAUUCGCGUUUAUCAUCUUCAUUACUUAGUGCUACUUUAUUAACUUCUUUUGAGUAUAUAUCAUGAUUUUCACUUCUUAUUAUUUUCAUCUUUCUCAUUUCUUUUCUACCCAUAAAUAAACAUUGAACAUAAUCAUUAAAAUCUAAUUUCUUUUUUACAACAUUUUUCUUUAUUCCUUUACACUUACGUACUUCUUUAUCUUCUUCAAUUUUAAAACUGUAAAGUUUGGGUCGCAAUCCAACAAAACAAGUAAUCUGUUUUCCUGCUACUUCAUCUUUAAACAUCCCUAUGACUUUUUUGUUAACUCCUGUUAGUAUUCCAGAUGGGUGAUUAGGAGGAUAAUCUGAAGUGUCAAACUUGGUUAGAAUGUCAUGUGAUAUAUCUUUGUAAAAAUCAUCUGUUUUAAUCUGGUACAUCAAUGAGUCCGUAUCUGUAAACAAUAACUCAGCUUUGUUUCCAUAUUUCUUUUUUAUGUAGUUAUAGUGAAAAUCAAACAUUAAUGUUUUUGAUAAAUCUAGAAUUGCUUGACGAACAUAUACUGGUUUGUUAAAAUAAACUUCAGUCUUCUUCAUAUGGACCGCAAUAAGAUGAUUAUCAAAUAUUGUUGCUCUAUCAAAGUUUGGACGACUUGAUAGUUUGGCAGCUUUCUUACAAUUAUCAAUAAGUUCUAUAUUUUGUCUUUUCCUUAUAUUUUCUAUUGUUUUUCCAAAUACUGAAUUAUUCAUUAGUUUGAAAAAGUCUUUCUCAAAACUGUUGGCUGCUGUCUUUCGAAGUUCUGUAUUUUUUCUUAUAUAUGGUUCCAUCCAAGGAGAUUGAUAAAAUGAUAUUCCUCUAUGAACGGCAGUUAUUCUCAUUCCCAUUUCAAGAUAUUGUCUAAGAUUUCGAUAGUGAACAACAUAGUUUUUUCGGGGUUUGAAAUGACAAAUUAGUUUUUCAACACCAUUAACAAUCAUCUUCUCAGGUGCAAGAAGAUAGUCAUUAUGAUCUUCCCAUAGUCUGGAGGGAUACUCCAAAUCAACUUCAAAUAUAUAACCUUUUCUUCCACGAUUAAACAUACUAUGAUUUGCUUUCUCUAAAAUUUCCAUUACCUUUUCUUUUGUUAUAUCUUUCAUCCAUUUAAAUCUAUGUGUAGGAAGUUGUUGGGACAUUGCCCAACCGUAAAGAUUAUUUGCAUCAAGAUAUUGAAUAAAACUGGACUCCUCAUCAGGAUUAUAAUUUUUCAUGUAUUUGUUAUUCGCCUCUGCAUAUCUUUUUGAUAUGUGUGUUAUUCCACCACGAAUACCUCGCUCAAACAUCAUUAACAUAUCAUAAUCAUGUAGUAACUGUAAAUUCUGUCUUGUUUCUUUGAGACAUGCAUCCCAAGCUAGACCAGGAGAUGUGUAAUAAUGAGCUGGAUCUAGUUUGUAAUGUUUUAGGCAAGUUUUUCUAAAGUUUUCAAAUACAUCUGACAGAAGAAGGACAUCAGACUUUAGGUAAAGAUUAUGAUAAUCUCUUAUUGUUUUACAUUCAAAGGUAUUCCAUACAUUAAUUGCGUGUUGGUAAUCAUCAUCAGUUAUGUCUUCAUCAUUUAGUUUUGAAUAGAAUUCCUCUUUUGGGGGUAAUUGUGUUUCGAAUAGUUUUUCAAGUGAUGAAACAUAGUCAUAAGGAUAAACUCCCUUACGAGUUAGUAGAUUUACAUUUUUCUUAAAUACUUGUUUUGUAUUAUGAAAAUCAUCUGGUUGUAAAUUUGAAACAAGAUUGGCAAGUGAUGUUUGAAGAAACUUGAAUGAAUCUAAAAAUCGUAUUUCAAAAUUUAUUGGUACCAUUUGGUCAAAUUUAUAAGACUUAUACUCAUCAACCUUAAUACUUUUAGAAAAGGAAAUAUAUUUUUCUUCCGUAGAUGGAAUACAGUUCAAAUUACCUGGUAAUUUAGCAAGUUGUUUUAUAAAUAAAUGAGCAUCAUAUCCUUGAAGAUUAUGAAAUAUAACUGGAAGAACUAAUGGUUUUCGGCAUUGAAGAUUACAGCUGUUAUGAGCUGCACCACGGUACUGACCGGUAAAAUGACAAUGAUCUCUAACUUUAUCUUCUUUUAAUUCUUUAUUACAAAUAUGGCAAGUUUCUGCUUUAUCAAAUAAUUUUUGUUCGGCUUGAGUUAGUCUAAGAGGUUUUGGUCUACGAUAAAAUUCAUUAUAAAUUCCUUUAGUUACUUCUGUAAGUUUUUCUACAAAUACUUUUGAUAUAUCUUCAUCUUCUUUUGUUUUUGUAUAAAUGAUUGGUUUAAAUUUUUUAUCAACUAUUCCCUUAAUAUGAAAACAAAAUCCUGAUGGUUCAUGUUUUUGACAGUUGUAAUUAUAUGAUUCUUUUAGAUUAGGACUGCAAGUAUUCAUUGGUUUGGUAAAGCAUUCAAAAUCUGCAUAAACUACAAAAGGAAUAGGAAGUUUUUUAUAGUAAUUCUUGAAACGUAACAUUGUGUUUGGUUCAGGCAUUUUUACACAAACUGUUUCAUUGUUAGAACAAUAUUUAAUAUGUUUUUCUAAUAAUUCUUCUUUAGUGAAAUGAGUAAAACACUUUUUACAAAUAAAUAUUUUACCAUUCUUACUUGCAGUUUUUUGUGAUCCAACCAAACGAUUAAAGUUUUUAAUUAGUGAAUAAUGUGAAACUCCAUCUUCUUCAUUUAAAAAUAAAUCAAUAGUAUUUAAACAAUCUCUCUCUGCCAUUCUCAAAGGAUAAAUAAUCAUAUUUUCAUAUGAAAAAACAUUUAUUCCUGGGAGUUCUGGAUUAAGCUUUUCAAAUUUGGUAAUAUCUUUUAAUUUCAUGGGAAAAGUAAUACCUUUUGUGUUAAGUGAAAACUCAUACUUCUUUAAAUCUUUCAAUCGACUAUCGUUAUCUUUUUUUGGAUAAAGAUAUCUAAGUACACACCAAAGAAAACAUUUAUCAUCUUUAUUCUGUAUAUUUACAAUUGCUUUUUUAUUUGAUAUCCACCCUGGAAGAGAAAUAUAAGAAGAACCUUUCGUUGGAUUAUAUUCAAUAGUAUGAAUUUCAAGUUUUUCCACUUCUUUAAAAUACCAUCCACUUCCAACUUCUUGAUAUGCUUCUAUACCACCUUCAAUACCAUCUAUACUUACUUGAAUUAAUUUGUCAACAUCAUCUGAUUUAGUAUUAGUAAAUGUAAACGAAUUAAAAUAAGCUUUACCAUCUUCUAACCCUACAACACCAACAUUUUGUUGUAUAUUUUGUUUUUCCAUAAUGCAAACUAAAACCAUCCUAAAUUUUAUAUUUCUAUGAUAAGUGAAAAAAUCUCUUAAAGUUUUAUUUAUAUGCUCAAAAAACUGCAUUGGAGUAAGACCAGGAAUUCCUUGAAUAAUAUAUUUAUUGACAAAACCUUCAAGAGCUGAUUUCUCUUUUUCAAUUCCUUGGUCAUAUUCAUACAUAGCUCUCUCAAGAGCUUCACGUAAAUAAGAAGGAGUAUCUUUGGGGAUCUUUUUAUUUUUUAUACAUUCCUCAAAAUACUCAUCAAAUGUUUUUAUCUUUUUCUUUUUGGUGGGUUUAUUUUUCUUAAGUUUCUUUCUAUUCCUUGUUUUACUUUUUCAUUAAUUUUAUCUAGUUUUCUAAUAUCACGAAUUAUUUUUUCUUUUUCACUUAAUUCUUUAUAACUAUCCUGUAGUGUUUUUUUCUUCUGGUUUAAUAUAUAUCUUAAUUGCUCCAUAGAUAAACUUUUAUAAUCUUUAUCUGUUAUAAAGGGUUGAGAACCCUGAAAACCAUCAACUGACUGGUUAGACAUGACGUCUUAUAAUAUUAUUAUAUUAUUAGACGUAAAUGUUUAAGUUAUAAAUAAUCAAUUUCAUCAGUAUCAUAUUUAAUAUAAUAAAAUAAUUUACAAAGCAACAUAUAAAAUUCUCUAUAUAAUACAUAAUCACAAUCAAUAUGACCUUCAUUUAUUUCAAAAACCAUUAUAUCAUAAAUAAAAACUAUAUUUUCUACAUCAAUCCCUUUAAAUUUAAAACAACUAACAUCCUUAAGUUUACCCCUUUCCUGGCCUCUCAAAAAUCUUUUUAUAAAAUACUUAAUUCUAUCAACUUUGUGACUCUCAAAUAAUCCCUUUCCUGCAUCAUUAAUAUUAUAAACAAAAUACUCUAAUUCUUUAUUUAUUCCUGUAAUAAAAAGGUAUUCCUUUUUGAAGUCCCUUGCAUAUUCUGGGAUUUUAUUAGUUGAUUUAAUGCAAUUCUGGGAAGACGAAAAGUGAGCCAGAAGUACCAUUUCCUAUACUACUUUAACCACUGAUUUACCCAAUAACGGAUGAUUAAAUAACAGAAUUUUCAUCAUUUUCCUCAUAUUGUAUGUAAGUGUUUAAUUGGUCUAAAAAUAACUUUGUAGAAAUUCACAUACCCUAAGCGCUAGAGUGGGCGUUUACCUCUCUGGCCCUUUAUUGACUCUUAUUUUCAGCUGACUUUUAGUAAACAUAAACUGCUUUUUUUUUUCAAGGAAUGGAGAAAAUUAACUUUUCUGGUGGAGAACCUUUCAUCUACAAACGCGGCGAUUUCGUUGGAGAGUUGGUCCGUUACUGCAAGCUGGAAUUGGGGAUUCAGUCUGUGACAAUAGUAUGCAAUGGAAGUCUGGUCACUGAACGCUGGUUUAAAUCAUACGGUACGCAAGCAGUUGUUUUCGUUUGAUAAAAACUGGUGGGAUGAUAGCGGGCUCCAUGAGGUCACAAAUUUAAAAACCGCAACCAAGUUUAUAAAUAGCAAAAUGUAAAACAAGUUUUUCAGUUUCCGAAGAGCACUUAUGAAUAAUUAUAUUAUUAUAUUUUAUUGUUAUCAUUAUUACCUUUCUGAAGUUUGGUUUAAACUCCAUAGAAAGGUAUAUCAGAGUGAGAACGAAAAGCGUUUUAUGUAAAAUGUACCGAUUAGUGAAUUUUCGUGGGGUCUUUUUUCCGCAUUAAAAGGCCCACUCGUUGGAAAAUGUUGUUUGCCCCUACGUUGUCUGUAGCCCAAAAGUCUCGACAACAAGUGAUAACAAUGGUCAUGAAAAAUUUUAAGGGAAGCAGUUUCAGUCUCAGAUCUUAUUGCGAGUGGCUAGUUCUUGAGCGGUAGACCUCAUAGUACGGGCUUGCUUGACACAGGCUUGACUGCAACUAAUUUGGUUUCUUUAGGUGAGUUUCUAGACAUCAUGGCUGUGUCAUGUGACAGUUUUAAUGAGGAGACUAAUCGUCUGAUAGGAAGGCACCAGCAUGGCAAGGAUCACUUGCGCUGUUUGGAGAAUGUACGUGAUUGGUGCAGAAAAUAUCACGUGGCUUUCAAGAUCAACACCGUUGUGAACACUUAUAAUGUGGAUGAGGACAUGAGAGAGAACAUAAAGAGGCUCGCACCCAUUCGUUGGAAGGUACAUGCAGCAUUAUAUGUACGUUUCUUUGACUAUAUUGUUACUCGAGAACAUGCUUGGAUAUUGGGCCCCAAUGUGUGAUAUAUAUGACCAUAUGAUAUAUGCAGCCAUAUAUCAUAUUUCAUUAUAUUUCACCCCGGUAAGGUAAUCCAAGAGAGUCUUGGAUAAACUAAACUACAAUUCCGGUUUGAACUUUCGGAACUUCCACGUGCCCAGUGAAACGAUACAUUCCGGUUGCACAGACCAGACUCAAGCCACCGGGGGCUUGGUCAUUGUUCUUGUAAGCAGGAUACAAAAGAUCGAUACUUGGGACAACAGUUUUGUCAAACGGAAAGGGACAUUUCGGUACGACCGAUCGAAAUGACUAGACCGGUCAAAGUGGACCACCUUCAAAGCUGGUUCCGAACAUUCCGGUCGGACCAAAAUGAAUAAGUCCGCUCCAUUUGAUGUACCAACCAAAAUUUCCGGAAUUUUGAGUUGAAUGGAAAGCGCCCUUGGGUUCUGGAAUUCACGCCUUGAAUUCCGGAUUCCAGACAAUAGAUUGCGGACUUUAUGUCAGUUGAAUUAGGAUUCCGGAUACCCAUCGUUGGCGGAAUUCCGAUUUCUUUGAGCUGAAUUUCGGAUUCUGAAGCCCAUGAUUACAGACUCCGCAAGACAAAUUAUCUUUGAUUCCGGAUUCCACAUGCAAAAGUUUCCUGGAUUCUUAGUUAUCUUACAUUUGGCAAUAAUCUUUGUCUUGGUCCCUGCUGUAAAUACCUGAUCCUCGUUUUUACCCUUGAUUUACUGCACGUACGUAGUUCGAUAUGAACUUGCAUGUUCACUGUUGUUGUUGUUUAAUGGUGAUAUAUUUUCAUAUUUCUCUGUUUUGACUCUUUCAAUAGGUAUUCCAAUGCCUACUAAUCGAAGGAGAAAACUGUGGUUCAGACGCCCUGAGAAAUGCUGAAGAGUUUGUGAUUUCUGACGAGCAAUUUAAUGGCUUCUUAGAGAGACACUCACAAUUAGCAUGCCUUGUUCCGGAAUCAAAUGAAAAGGUGAUUUAGUUAUUAGAUGUUUAGUACGCAAGAUGUCAAGAGUGUGUGCUUCCCUUGGUCUGCGUUGCAUCACGGUUGUUCCUGUUCCCAGAAACGCGUGAUCGUUAUCGUGAUCGUGAUUGAGGAGGCAGCUUGGCCGAUUGCUUGGGGCGCUGGACUCGAGACCCGAAAGUAUGCGCAUUUUCAUAAAAAAAAAGCAAACAAACAAACAACGAACAAAACAAAAUAAACAAUCACUAGACAAAUAUCAUUUUUAUCUGAUAUUGACUGGCAUGUUCCAAAAGGUUUUAGAGGGUUUAUCGAUCAUGUUUUUGAGAAAACAAAGGAGAUAGAGACAAUUCGCAAAUGAACAACAAAAACAACUUUCACUACCACACAAUUAUAUAAUACAAGCAUGUUACUUAUCAUUCGCGUAUUAACUCUACAGAUGCAGAAUUCCUAUCUGAUUCUGGACGAAUAUGUAAGUAUAAAUUUGCGCGUGGCUGAUUUAAUUAGACUACAGCUAUAGGUCGGGAAAAAUGUGCACGCGACAAUCCAGAAAGGUAAUAUAGGAUAUGAUUAAUGUACUGUCCCUGACACUGAAGCUGUCGAACCUACUUUUGCUGCUUCCCUUUAGCACUCGCAAACUUACGUCCGAGGCCUCCCUUGCUAUUCUUUCAAAUUUCUUUGAAAAACAGUGAACUCACAACCGCCCACUAUAUUUUUCGGGAUUGUCGCGCGCACCUUUUCCGACUGACUUUUCUCAAAACAGCUGUAUCUAAUGAAGAAAUUACAACAGGGCCUAAGUUCGAUGUAUUAAAUUAAAAUUCUAAAACGACUCCGAGAGGCUUUCUGGUCAUAUUUCUAUAAUUGGUUUGGUUUUUUUUGGUGGGAGGCUCAAGUCUCGGAAUCCACACGGUGUGAAUCCAGAAUCCAAGACCGUUGCAAAUAUUCCACUUGGUUCGUACAAGCCGGAAUGGAACGACUACCUCAAAACGAAUUCCUCUAUUUUAGGGAGGAAUUUCCGAAAACUGAGCCUUACCGUUAACCUUCCAUUCAAAAUUUUGGGCACUUUUGGCCUCAUGGUGAGCAUCCCAGCAGCCGUGAGUAUCGCAAGUACAGAUGAUUCUUAAGCUGACUACAUCCCAUGGAGCCAUUAGAAGAAAACACAAUCAUUUCUAAGUAAAUCUGUGUUUUGCAAAUGACAAAGAGACUUUCUUUGGGAUAUCCUUACUAUUUGGUAAAAUCAAGUGGUGGAAGGGGUGGGGGGUGGGGGGGGGGGUGGGGGCUCCUUUGCUUCUGGCGCUUAUUCGAAAAAAUAAAAGACUGCAGACACCUGCCUUUCUUCUGCGUACACGCGUGUUGUCGCUCCUCCCGGGUUGCAUUUUCACGCGUGCUCGCACAUUUUCCUCUCUCUACGAUCACUGAGGGAAAUAAGGUAUUUUGAAUUCGUAGUUCAGUUCACCCAUUCAAGGGAAUACGGAUUCCAGAAUCCGGGAACUUUUUGCUGUCGAAUCCGGAAUCCUUUGUUUUGGAAUCCGGAAAACAGUCCAAGGACUCCGGAAUCCCUCCAACGAUAGGAAUCCGGAAUCCAAGUUCCACUGCCGGAAUCCAGUCAGUCUAAAAUCCGGAAUCCAAGACUGUCUUGGAUUCCUUUACAUGGGGUGAUUCAGUGGUACUACAACUAAAUAAUUCUCCUUGUCUUUGAUGUAGAUGCGUUUCCUGGACUGCCGAACAGGUGCUAAAGUUCCGUCAAAAUCCCUGCUGGAUGUCGGAGUGGAGAACGCUAUCAACGCCAGCGGAUUUGAUGAGAGGAUGUUCAUUAAGCGAGGAGGAAAAUACACGUGGAGUAAAGCUUAUAUGAACUUGGAAUGGUAGACUGUAGUCGAAGCUUUGCUGACAAAGAAGCCGCAAUCCGCUUCUGGUUAGAUGACACCAUGUUGACAUUUUCCCAGUUUCCAUAGAAACCGUGGCCGUAUCGUGUGUGCGUG